AUGGCGUCAGAGGCACGCUUGAAACGCCUCGAGCAGCUGUACCUCGGUGGCAUACAGAACAGCGGCGGUCAGGCCAUAAGUCUCGAAACUUUGCUCGAUACUCUGGUUGUCUUAUAUGAUGAAUGUUGUAACUCAACAUUGAGACGAGAAAAGAAUAUAUCUGACUUUGUGGAAUAUGCCAAACCAGUUGUGGGUACAAUUAAGAAGUUACGGUUACAGCGUGAUGACUUUGAGACUCUCAAGAUCAUCGGGCGUGGUGCUUUUGGAGAGGUGGCAGUGGUGAGACUGAAAGAAACUGACCAAGUGUACGCCAUGAAAAUACUAAAUAAAUGGGAAAUGCUAAAAAGAGCGGAGACGGCCUGUUUUAAAGAAGAGCGUGAGGUAUUAGUGAAAGGAGACCAGCGCUGGAUCACACAAUUGCAUUAUGCAUUUCAGGAUCAGUUUAAUUUGUAUCUGGUUAUGGAUUACUACUGUGGAGGGGACCUAUUAACUUUGCUCAGCAAGUUUGAAGACCGCCUACAAGAAGAUAUGGCCAGAUUUUACAUUGCAGAAAUGGUGCUAGCUAUAAACUCAAUACAUUCUCUAAGAUAUGUACAUAGGGAUAUAAAACCCGAUAAUGUGCUGUUACAACGGAAUGGACAUAUAGUUUUAGCGGACUUUGGUAGUUGUUUGAAAUUACUCGAAGAUGGGACUGUUAAAAGUUCAGUUGCAGUAGGAACCCCGGAUUAUAUCUCUCCUGAGAUUUUACGGGCAAUGGAAGAUGGGCAUGGUCGUUAUGGGCCAGAAUGUGAUUGGUGGUCCUUAGGGGUAUGCAUGUAUGAAAUGCUCUAUGGGGAGACACCAUUUUAUGCAGAAUCUUUGGUGGAGACAUAUGGCAAAAUCAUGAAUCACAAGGCACAUCUGCACUUCCCUGAUGACAUCACAGAUGUAUCGACGCAAGCGCAAGACCUGAUAAGUCGACUAAUCUGCAACCAGGAGGUGCGAUUUGGACAGAAUGGUCUACAAGACUUUAUGAACCAUCCAUUCUUUGAGGGCAUAGAUUGGGAUAACAUACAAGAGACCGAAGCUCCGUAUAUCCCAGAAGUCUCUAGUGCUACAGACACGUCAAACUUUGAUGUUGACGAUACAGAUUUUAGACCAAGUGAUGCUGUGCCUCCAAAUUCCCAUUCUGCAUUCACUGGUCACCACCUUCCAUUUGUUGGUUUCACAUUCACCAAGGAAAGCCUCUUAUCUGACAUGGGCAACCUAAGUGAAGCAGGUCUUGCAGGUAAUGAUCAAGCAAUGGACAGUUUAACAUCACAAGCUUAUGAGAGGCGGAUACAAAAAUUAGAUAGGGAAAAUAAGGAAUUAUCUAGGAAAUUACAAGAUGCUACGCGUACAAUACAGAACAGACAUACAACGAAUGAAGCACCAGGCUCUCCUGCCAUUGGUAAAACCAACGAAAUGGAGAUGCGUCGACUCAAAGAGGAAAUCGCUGCUUUGAAGAAUAAAAUUUCAGACUCCCAGGUGGAAUCAAACAGCAUGGAGAGAGACUUGCAUGAGGCACUUGCCAUUAAGAAAGAGCUUGAAACUAUGGAAGGAGAUAAAGUUGCCAGACUGAAAACUAUAGAGAAAAGCAACAAAAUAUUGAAAACAGAAAAAGAAGACAUGCAGAGAGAGAUGAAUAGUUUACAAGAAAAGUAUAAGGCCCAAACUAAGGAGUUGAAAGAUGCACUUGCACAAAGGAAGCUAGCUAUGGAUGAAUUCACAGAAAUAAAUGAAAGAUUGGCUGAGCUUCGUAGCCAGAAGCAGAAGUUAUCGCGGCAGGUCCGUGAUCGUGAGGAGGAAUUGGAAGAUAACCGUCAACGUACAGAGAACUUAAAGCAAGAUCUUCGCAAGUCAGAGAAAGCCAAACGUGAGGUGCAGUCUCUUCUGGAAGAGGCCCAAUCAGAAGCAAGCAAGGAGCGAAAGUUAAGGGAACGUGGCGAGAUGUUCGCACAAGAAUUAGAACAAGAAUUAGAAAUUAUGAAGUCUCGGUCGAUAGGGAGAUCUGGGAAUAAAACCAGUCAAGAUGUGUCGCAAGAAGUUAAUAGAUUAAAAGCUGAACUAGAACGUAGUAAUGUCCAAUAUGAAGAAAACAUAGCCAUGCUACAAUCUCGUCACACUACAGAGAUUAAAAGUUUAAAUGGCCAAGUCCAAGAAGCAGAGACAAAGAUGCAGGAGUAUAUAGAAGAAUUAAAUACUGUGCAUAAUAGACUGGAUAACAUAUCAAAAGACAGUGCCUCUGAAUAUCAGGAAACUAUAAAUCAACUCAAUAGGAAACAUGACAGAGAAAAACAAACACUGUUAGAAGAUAAUAAAAAGAUAUAUAGUGAUCUAGAGUCUACCCAGCGUAACUUAGAGCAAUUGGAAGAGGAGAAGCGCAUGAUGGAAGAUGAGAUGAGAGAUGUACAUGAUAAGAAAGAUGCUGUUGCACAAUGGGAGGCCCAAAUUACUGAACUCAUACAAUGGGUGAGUGAUGAGAAAGAUGCCAGGGGAUACCUACAAGCUCUGGCUUCUAAGAUGACUGAAGAACUGGAGAGUUUGAAGAUGUCUGGAGUGCCAGCUGCUGAGAAAACUUGGAAGAACAGGAGAUCCCAGAGACUGGACAAGAUGGAGUUACUCAACCUUCAAUCCAGUUUGAAAUCUGAGAUAGAAGCCAAACAGAGCAUCAGUGAGGAACUCACCAAGACUAAAGCCUCACAUAUUGCUGCAGAAAAGAGACUUCAAGAGGCUGAGUAUGAACUGGAGCAGAACCGUGUUGAGAUGGAGAAGAUGCAGGCAGACAUCAAAGAGUUAAGAUCUAAAGUGGACCAAAAUGACAGUUUAUUUGAUCGUCCAGAUUCCCAGUCUUCAUUCAUGCGGUUUAUACGGGAACAAGCUCAGCGGCUAGAAGAUGCAUCACUUACAAGGCGAAAAAGCUCAACUAAGAGUGGACUCUCUGUGAAGAAGUCGCCAUCUGAAAGUGAACAUGGAGAAGAUGAAGACGAUGCCUUAAGUGAACACUCUUCAUCGAUUGGUCAACGUCCCGCGACUCUUGGUUCUCCCUCCCGGGUGUCAAUACAAAGUUAUGAAUCAGAGGAUUCCCUACAGCGUGAUGGUUACUAUGAUGAACACCCACCACCCCCCACCCACAAACCUCCCCCACCCCCUCAACAGACCUCCUAUGAGGAGAGGAUCUACGCGAAUGAUGGUGUUCCACAGAUUUCUGUUGUACGACCAACUCAACAACCAAAGAGCCAUCGUUUUGCCAUUCGGUCGUUUAUUACUCCUAUUAAAUGCAGUCACUGUACGUCUCUGAUGAUUGGACUUCAGAGACAAGGGACAGUAUGUGAAGAUUGUGCCUACUCAUGUCACGUGGCAUGUGCUGAGAAGGCUCCCAGUGCGUGUCCUGUACCAUUAGAUCAAACAAAGAGACCAUUAGGAAUUAAUCCAACCAAAGGUAUUGGAACUGCCUAUGAGGGCUACGUUAAAGUACCCAAAAUGGGAGGCAUCAAAAAAGGAUGGGCGCGACAGUUCGUCGUUGUGUGUGACUUCAAAUUAUUUUUAUAUGAUAUAAAUCCAGAGAGAGAUGGACGAGCGGGUGUCGUCGUCAGCCAGGUGCUGGAUAUGAGAGAUGAGGACUUCUCUGUCAGCUCAGUGUUAGCGUCUGAUGUCAUACAUGCAAGCAGAAAGGAUAUUCCCUGUAUAUUUAGGGUGUCUACCUCAGAGAUGCAAGGUACCCAACAUUCUGUCUUGAUGUUGGCAGAUACGGAAAACGAGAAACAGCGAUGGGUCGGGGCUCUCACAGAAUUACACAAAAUACUCUGGAAAAACAAACUGCCAAAUAAAGCGGUUUUCAAAGCCAAACAGCUCUAUGAUAACAGUUUACCUUUGCUGAAAAACAUCCUUUGUACAGCUAUAUUGGAUAGUGAACGUAUCCUUGUUGGUACAGAGGAUGGCCUACAUGCAGUAGAGAUACUUAAUUAUGUUAUAACAAAAAUUGGGGAGAGGAAAUGUGUUUAUCAGAUUGCCAAUAUCCAUGACGAGCAACUAGUUGCAGUAAUAUCAGGGAAACAAAGACAUGUUCGCCUGUAUCCAGUGGCGGCAGUAGAUGGAUAUGAAGUAGAGUCAGUGAAGCUAAUGGACUCAAAGGGGACCAGUACCUUCUGCUGGGGCCUUGUACGUCAAGGCUCUAGUGUGUGCCUCUGUGCCGCUAUCAAAAAGACAGUUUUAGUGUUUGAAUUAACUCGAACGAAACAACGACAUCGUAAAAUCAAAGAAAUACUCUGCCCGGGAAAUGUUCAAUUUGUUGAAAUGAUGAAUGAAAGACUGUGUGUAGGAUACCCCUCAAUGUUUGCCAUUUAUAGUGUACAAGGGGAAGGAGCUCCUCUGUCAUUGAUCAGUACAGAUGACAGUACAUUGAAGUUCCUCUACCAGAACCCUAUAGAUGCCUUACAAGCUGUGGAGAUAUCACAUAGAGAAUUCCUGCUAGUCUUCAGCACCCUUGGGUUCUAUGUCGACUCCAGUGGUAAAAGAUCACGGGUGCAGGAGAUCAUGUGGCCUGCAGUUCCUCAUUCUGUCACCUACAAUGCCCCAUAUCUGAUAAUCUAUACAGAGAAUGCUGCAUUUGUCUAUGAUGUCACGACGGCUGAGUGGAUCCAGACACUUAACCUGAAGAAGAUCCGACCAUUGUGUCGAGAGGGAAUACUCGGCUGCAUGCAGAUCCUUGAGGCUCCUUAUAUGGUAUAUCUGAGGGAUAUCACAAAAGCUGAAGAUGUGAUCAAGACUCCAGACCUGAAUAGCAAAUCACGUAGCUUCUCCAGAAGUAAACGGAGGUUCUCAUUCAAGAGUUUGGUCGAUGAGAAACAAGCAGGCAAAGCGGUUGAACGACGCUCUAGGGUCAUAUCAAAGCCAUCAGAUUUCCGUGUAGUAUCCCAUAUAGGACCAAACCAGGGUAUGGAGCUCCUAGGUGAACCAGCACAGAAUAGCCAAGAACGCAGAUCGCGACUUAUAUCUGGUCCAAGUAACUUCUCCCACAUUACUCACAUGGGGCCUGGUGAAGGAAUGAAAAUGUUGGUGGAUUUACCCAAGGUACAAGGGGGAGGUCAGACAAUAGAGAGAAUGGAGAGAGUGAAAAGCUUCAUGACGACACUUGGUCAGAGAGGGGCUGCCCCAGGGACUCGACCCCCCACAGCUCCAAGGCCUGCAAGUGUACAAGGCGGGGUUAAUGGGAGUGCAGUGUUACGACGUGAUCAGUCCAAUAGCAGCGUAUCAAGUAGCGUCAGUAAACAGUCCUCUGUCACGUCAACCUCGACAGACCCAUCUUUUGACCAAUCACAAAGCAACCUACAGCUGAUUCCAUCACCAAUUUAUGAGGAUAUGGAGGGAAGUCCCCAACUGUCUAUGACAGACACAAGCAGCGAAGGCUCCAAUCGUCAUAGUUACCUAGAUGAAUCAACUCCAAGCCAAUCAUCAGAGCUUUGAUAGUGUAACCAUGCUUAACCGUGAAAGCUCUAAUCUUCAUAGUUGCCUAGAUGAUUCGACUCUUAGCCGGCGAAUCAUCUGAGCUCUUAAAGUUUAACCAUGUAGAACUAUGGAAGCUCUAAUCGUCAUAGUUACCCAGAUGAUUCAACUUCUAGCUAAUCAUCAGAGCUCUGAUAGUUUAACCUUGUAGAA